AUGGAAACUCAGCUCUUGUCAGAGUGGGACUCCAGCCUCUUUAGCUGUUGUGAUGACUGCAGUUCUUGUUGCUAUGGUUUCUGGUGCUGCCCUUGCCUUGCCUGCACUGUUGCAGGAAAAUUUGGGGAGAACCGUUGUCUUCCAUUGUGUGACAUACUCGGGCCUUCCAUAACUGCAGCCUGUGGGCUACCUCUGUGUGUGCCACCUGCAGGCUUGGGUCUAAGGGUUGCCAUUCGACACAAAUACGGUAUUAAGGGUUCUAUCUGUAACGACAUUACGUCCUCCUGCUUCUGCGUGUGGUGCUCCUGGUGUCAGAUGCAUCGUGAAUUAAAAUUUCGCAAGAAAAGCACUGUUGUUGUUGUCAACAUGCAGCCAGCUCCAGUGAUUAUCGCUCCUGGAAACUUGUGA